GAAAAACGUUGUUACAAUACGGACGUUGACGAUUGAUCAGAUAUUUUUCUAUCGUAUCUUUAUAAUUUUUGUGGCGUUUUGCAAAACUGUUGUGGUGUUAUUCAUUUAUCGUGAAAUAUAUGUAAUUAUUAUUUGUAAGAACUUGAAACUACUUUUGUGAAUAUCAAAAUGAUCACACUAUCGGAAGAUAUCAGUAAAUUGUUCAAUGAAGUUCUCCACGAGAUAUCUCAGAAUGUCCGUCACAUGAUGGAGGAGUUGUGGCUGAACUGGUCACAUCUUGGAGUGGACAAUGACACUAAGAUCCACAACAUCAUGAAGUUGGUGCUGAUUGAGAAGGAGCUUCACCGGGACGUCAUCUCGGAGACCAGACAGAAGCUGAAAACUAUGCAGGAUCAAGUCGACAAGCUGAAAGAGGAAACUGAAGAGCUAAGCAAGUGCCUCUCAGUGGACAUCACCAUUUUGGACUUCAAAGAGGAAAUGAUGCUCAGUGAUUAUAAGCAGGAGCUUGAACAUCAAAUUGCAGGAUAUAGAGAACAAGUCCAACAACGUCGCAUGGAGAUGGAAAGGCUACUGGAAUGGCAACGAGACUUGACUGACAAGCUCGGAGUCACCAUCCAGGACCUUCAAGAGAUUCCUUUGCCCCCUGAAGAGGAACUGGAUAAGCUGAAGAAUCACCUGGAUGUGCUGCAGGCUGAGAGAGACAAGCGUGCUGAGAUCUUUCUGAAUACUCAAGUUGAAGUCAAGGAUAUUAUGGAGAAACUCCAAAUCAAGCCUCAGAAUAAGUUUGAGCACAUGGUGGUGACCUCCCUAUCUGUGGAUUUCAAGGUCACUGACCUCAACAUGGAGCGCCUCGCCAAGCUGCAACAAGAUCUGCAGGAGAAGUAUGAGCAGACUAACAAUAGGGUGUUAGAACUCCGCGAGCGUCUGGCUAAGUUAUGGGAGUGCUUAGAAGAGGACCAGAUAUACCGCGAGAACUUCCUGCACGCGCACCAGGGCUGCCACCCCGCCACCGAGGCGGCUAUCAAGGAAGAGAUUAAGCGCUGCGACCAGAUCAAACGGCAGAAGAUUCAGGUGUUCGUGGCGAACGUCCGUACAAAGAUUAAGCUGAUGUGGGACAACGUGAUGUACUCGCACCGUGAGCGCGAGGAGUUCGUACAUUACUUCCAAGACAUCUUCACCGAGGACACGCUCACCCUGCACGAGCUCUACUUAGACAAGAUUACCAAGUUCUAUAAUGAACACAAGCACAUAUUCGAGCUAGUGCUGACGCGCAAGAACUUAUGGCUGAAGAUGACAGAGCUAGAAGCGCGCGCGUCAGAGCCGGGCCGCUACCACAACCGCGGGGGACAGCUGCUACGCGAGGAGAAGGAGCGCAAGACCAUCGCCAACAAGUUGCCGAAGAUUGAGGAGCAACUGCGUGAGCUGGUGACGGAGUACGAAGCUAAGACAGGCAACACUUUCACCGUGGAAGGCAAGCCGCUGCUGCAGCUGAUGACUGAUGAAUGGGAGACCAGGAAAGCGGAGCGCCACAACAAACUAUCGGCGCGUAAGCAAGCCCUGACGCCCACCACGCCGCUGCUGCGCUCGCUCGCCACCUCGCCGCUCGGCAAGCGCAACCGCACCGCCGCCGGGCUGGCCACUGCAGAGAAAAAUAGGCCACCACAAAAGCGCCCGCUGAUGACUGGCAGCGCCGCCAAAGCUGUCACCACCUUCACCAACAACCUGUCGGCGCUCAAGAGAUCAGCGAUCACUACUGUUAAGAGGCGCAUCAGCGGUCGGCUGGCCGCUAAAGCUCUGUCGGACAAGGGCCAGAACGUAAGGAAGAAGCUGGACUACGAAGCCGAUGCCAAGAAGACGCCCAAACUCGCUGUCAAUGGCAGUAUCCUCAAGCACAAGCGGCGGUCUCAAGGCAAACGCCGCAGCAGCAGUCGCAUGUCUAUCAGCACGACCCAGUCGACCGCCUCCAACCAAGAGACCGCGCCCAAAGACCCGCUGAUGGAAACCACGCUGCUCACCACCUACACGGACUUCAAGGACCGUAUAAACGAGAAGCAAAUCAGCCGCAGCUCAAUGGCGAACCACAUCGCCAUCAAAGUGCACCAGGCGAGCGAAGAGAAGAAUACUCCAAACAACACCCCAAAAAAAACUCCGAGGAAGCCCCAGGCUCCGAUGACGCCUAAGAUCGGCAAGGAGAAUAUUCAGCAUGUAAACGUGGCUAUGACGCCUAAGUCGACCCUUGCGUAUACGCCGACGAGGUUGACUCGGUCGGCGAUAAAACUUAACAACGAUGGUUUCGCGACGCCGCGCGCGCCGCUCAGCGCCAACAAGCUUCACCUCCAGCGACAGAACACUGUCUCGGUGAUGGCCGUCAAGACGCCGCCUACCAACGUGAACCGCUCCAAGUCACACACGCACUUAGUCAGAGUCAAAAACCUACCGCCUCUCAUAUAAAGAGCCUUGAGAUUAAGACUGAGCAAUUGGUAUAUUCCUCCACAUUGUUAUGAUUCUAACGUAAAGUCACAAAUAAUACGUCGGGAUGUACCAACUGCCUGAAACUAGUUUUACUGACUUCAUAAACGGAUUUCUGUAAUAUAAACGUUUCUUCUGAAUUUCGUUAAACGUGUUGUGUUUUCGAGUUUUAAAUUAGCUCUUCCAGUUUCUGUUUACAGAAAUUAUUUCAAUGAGCAUUUUUGUGUAUAUUUGAAUCUCUUAUAAAGUAAUUUUAAUAUGCAAUAAUGGAAGUGAGAUGGAUGACAUUUGUGAUGCUUUUAGUAUUUUAACUUUAUCAUGUGUUUAGUUUGGUAAGUUUCUUUUCGUUUUCCAAUUAAUGGUUAGCUUUUCGAUUGGUAGAGUGUUAUUUUGGAGAAGUUUUAAAAGUUAAGAAUUUUAUACGCCUGAAGUCAGCAGUUUGAAGUAGUAUUAAUUAUUAUUUAGAUACAUCUACUAUAUGUGAACUUGGAUCAAUCGAAUUCAUAGUCACGUUGAUCGUGAAGAAACUUAAACAAUAGAAGUGGACUGAAGAAGAGACAUCGUAUAACAACGGCAGCUAAGCAAUGUCCUAUCAAUUCGAAAUCAGACUAACAGAAGUAACAGAUUAGGUAGGUACUUAAUUAAAUCAGUAUUGAAGUGAUUUCGUUUUUGUUUACUAUUUCUUUCGCACGAUCACGUAAUAUAGCACAUUAUGAAUAUGCGUUACUAAUUUAAUAUAACUCUUAAUUUUAACUUGUAAAUUAUCGUUGUAAUAUAUUUGCAUAGUUUAAAGA